AACUCUCCUGUUGGGGUUGGCUUGUGUUAUCGAUUUGCUCUGAAUUUUUCGCUGCUAAACAGGUUAAACUCAGACGAAUAGGUUCGGAAAAAUGUUUCGCAGUGUAAACGUUCCCCAGGUGUCUCGUGGAGUAUCAACAAAACAUCGAAACAAACAAACUGAUCCCUAAAAACCGCGAGAGAAAAAAAAACAAACCAAACUAAUUGGCUGAUGGUGUUCGUGUUGGUCGGUUGUUUUUUCAUUUCUCUUUAUCCACUCCACCAUAAAGAGCCGAAAGGCUGUGCUUUGGAUGGGUGUCGAAAAGUUUUCAGUUCUUUCACACCUGCGCAAUCGUAGAGUUCGCGAUAUCGAAUCCAACUAACGUAAUUGAGCUCGGUUUGAAGCGAAACACCAAACUUUUUCGAUUUACGGGACGAAUCGGUUGACUGCUGCUGGCCUCCAGUGCUAUAAAUGGUAAUUUCCGGCCUGGUUGUGUGUGAAUCGGUGAAUCGGAACUGCCCGGAGCCAGGGGAGAAACUGCCAUAAAUUAUCUUCGCCUUCAUCAGUGCCAUCCCCGUGCACUGCCGAUAAUCUAUGAAACUGGAUCUGGGUUAGUGCUGCUUUGCUUUUAAUUCGACGGAAAAGAAGAAAAACUUGGUGAAUUAUGAUCUGGAACAACAGAUCUGGACCAAAUUGAGUGAAGGUGCUGUGUCAGUAUGACUUCGACUCCGUCGCCGGAAGGCGAGGACUUUCCCGGAAGGCUUCUGCAUCAGGCCGCACUAUGGGACAACGUAGAGCUACUGGAGGACCUGCUGCAGGAGGAAACCCAUCUGAUUGACUGCUUGGAUUCCUGGGGACGGGCCCCAAUCCACGCUGCGGCCAUCACGGCCGACUCCCGGUGUUUACCGAUGCUGAUCAAUGCCGGUGCCAGUAUCGAUGCCACCUGUGGACCACGGGGGGACUGUAAGAGUGCACUUCAUUUAAGUGCCGAACACGGACACGUCCGGAAUGUUCAGGAACUGCUGGAUGCGGGUGCGUCAUUCAUUUCGAAAGAUCGGAACGGUUUGACGGCACUGGAUCUUGCCGAACGCAGCGGACACGAGGAUUGUAUUAGUUUGCUGAAGCAAGCGGCGGACACCCGCGAGCAGAUCCGGUCGCAGAAGCACAAAAGCCUGCGUGAAGCGGUAACAGCAUCGGAUGAAACCCUAGUUCAGUUACUGCUGGACAGCAUCGGUCCGGAGCGAGAAAUUCUGGUAAACAUGGCACCGGGAGGAGCGAAUACACUGCUUUUCAUUGCUGCCCAAAAUGGAUCGGAAAGGGUCGUACAGUUGCUACUGGGUGCCGGAGCUGACGGAAGGGCCCAUGCCGUCACGAAAUACUCACCACUGUACACAGCGGUUCACAAUGGACACACGAAGGUUGCUUCCAUGCUACUGCAUCGGUUCCCGGUGUUGGUCCAGCAGCUAACCGUGGAAAAAUGGUUGCCUUUCCACGCGGCCUGCAUCAACGGACACUGUCCGGUGGUUGAACUGUUAAUCAAACAUCCAUAUCCGGAAGAGCUAAUCAGCUCCUACCGACACAAAAAUCCAUCUUGCAGAAAUUCUAGCGGCGAACUCGAGUGGCGUCUAGCCUUCGAUCCCAACACUCAAGAUGUCACAGGGCAGACGGCACUGUACGUAAGCUGCCUGCUUGGAAACCGUCAGCUGGUGGAGAUGCUUCUGAAUUGGAAAGUCCGAUGUGUCCGUCAUUGCUUGGGCGACGGUGACGGAGAUCCAGACGACUCGAUCCGAGCGGCUGAGGCUCUCAGUCCAUCAGCGAACCCGUUGAGCCCUUCCAAUCGACGGAUUUCCUUCGGCAUUCAAUCGAUCAUGUCCCGGCUGAGUCUGGGUAAGGAUCACAGUGACGAUAGAGACGAAAAUGUCGAAACCAGAUGCCCUUUCGAUCUGAAUAUCUUGUGUGGAGCCGCCCGAGAAACGGCUCUUUUAGCGGCUGUUCGAGGAGGGUUCCUGGACGUGGUAACUCUCCUACUCCAAAAUGGUGCCGAUCCAAACGUGAUCGCACGUGCGGUGGAUGAUCAGAACGAUCCAAAGAUGUCAGAUGAAAUCUACGGCUUCUCGAAUGUUCCUCUGGCGGAAGCAACCCGUCAAAAAUCGCUGGCUAUGGUUGAUCUGCUACUCAAAUACGGUGCCAAAGAUGAUCAAUCCAUCGCACUCAGCAUCGCCAUCCAAAACUCGGACGAACAAAUCAUUUGCCGACUUCUGUCGAUUAAAGCUCACGCAGAUCCGGAUUACAAAAUCAAUAAAAAAGCACUUACUCAAGAGGCAGAAUACAGCUCACUGCCCCUGGUCGGUAGUUUCACCUACAGUUCCCUGUUUCCUAGCACUGCAACCAUGAUCAACUGGCACAGUAACAAUUGCCGGCUGUCGAUGAUCAAAAUGUCUUGGCUUAGCGAAGCCGUCCUUCAGUGUAAUCCCAAGCUUAAAGGCCAUCCACGGUGCCACCAACUUGCGCUUGGAGCACUAACCCGCAUUGACAUUUCGCACAACUGUCUGUCCAAACUUCCGCCGGAAAUGUUUACCCUUGGAAGUUUGCGCUAUCUCAAUGCAGCUCAAAAUGCUUUGGAAAAUCUACCACUUCCGGAGGAUAUCGACUUAUCGCAGCAACAGCAAAAACGAUAUCCUCCCAAAUUGGCUCAGAUGGAGUACAACUGUCCCGUCCUGGAGGAACUCUACCUGCAGGACAAUCGCCUCGAAUGCAUUCCACCUCGAAUUUUCCUACUUCCCAGCCUUACAAUCCUGGAUGUGUCGAACAACAAACUCCAGGAGCUUCCGUUUGAACUGUGGAAGUCUCCGAAGCUAAAAGAGUUCAACGUCGCAUUCAACUUCCUGAAAGAUCUCCCGUCGCUUCCGAAUGUCGCCGAUAUCGCCAGUGACGCAACCGAGCCGCCCUCACCCGUAACCGAAGCAUGUCUCUUCCAUGCGUACUCCUACGAAGAGAACAUCGAUUCUCUAAGUCGCAACCGUAACGUCGCCAGUCUGGAGAUCGUGAAACAUCACAUCUGGUCGAAGUCUCUGGAGGUUACCGAUCAGGAACUGCGUCUACCCGAUUCCAAGAAUGAUCACACCGUCUCCCAGUUGAGCAGUCUUAAUCUUGCGAACAAUCUGUUUACCAGCAUUCCGCUGGCCCUUCCCUGUCUGGCCGUUAAUCUAACGCGUCUCAACAUGUCCUAUAAUAGCCUUCGCUCGAUGGGUCAUGUGACCAGUUAUCCAGCAUCACUGAAACAGCUGGACCUGGGACACAACGAAAUCAGCUGCUGGCCUAGUUUACCACGAAUCGCUGCUUCCGAUCCGCAUCUGAUGUGCUACAAUCCGCAGGAACCGAAGAAAAACUCCUCCAAGAGUUCGGUGGCCAGCAGUACCGGAAGUUCGGGAACACCCUACUCCAACGAAGUCACCGUGGUCAAAUCGUCCACCAGUUCGAACAACAUAACGUCCCUGCGAACUGCUGUACUAAAAAGUGUCUGCGUCCACCGGAGACAUCUUCGGCUGGAGUCCCUUCGAACGCUGGUUCUGGCAGAUAAUUCUUUGACGCGAAUUCAACUGUCGACGGACGACGUGACUACGCUCGGUGAAUCCGAGGAUGCCGAGUGGAGUUUGAUUGGGGUAGCGAAGUCUCGACUAAUCUUUCCCAAUCUGUCGAUGUUAGACAUCAGCAAUAAUUCACUGAAGGAAAUUCCACCUUCGAUUCACGAGUUGACAAACUUGAGCGUUUUGAACAUCAGUGGGAACAUGGAUGUGACCGAGCUGCCACCGCACAUGGGACUGCUGUCGAGGUUGUGGAAUUUGAACACACGUGGCUGUUCGUUGCAGGACCCGUUGCGGUCGAUGAUCGACAGCAAGAAGUACAAGACGAUGGAUAUCAUUGGUUAUUUGAAGUCGGUCUACGAAGAUGCUCGGCCCUACGCCAGAAUGAAGCUGAUGGUGGUCGGAGUGCAGGGAAUCGGUAAAACCAGUUUGUUCGAUCAGUUACGGAACGAGGGACCGACCCGCAGUAAGAAACAGGUCGAUCACUGGGCUAAACGGAUGGGUCAUAAAAAUAUCAACACAAAGACUAGUCGGGGGAUAAACAUGUCCACGGUCGGAGUCGAUAUUGGCGAUUGGGUUUGCGAGAAGAAGAUUCGAGGGCAUUCGACGCACGGUCCGGUCGUUUUUCGGACUUGGGACUUCGGUGGGCAAAAGGAGUACUACGCAACGCAUCAGUAUUUUCUGUCCAAGCGAAGUCUGUAUUUGGUGCUGUGGCGUAUUAUCGAUGGUCGGAAGGGUUUGGCGGAGGUUCUGCAGUGGUUGGGAAAUAUUCAGGCACGGGCACCGAACUCACCGGUGAUUAUUGUUGGGACACACUACGAUGCUGUCGGGGAGACGUUACCGGCCAAGAAAGCCGAAGAGCUGCAACAGGUGAUUCGAGAUCGAUUCAUUGCAGUGUCGGAUGCGGAGAAGAUCGGACUACCGAGGGUUCUUGAUUCGAUUGAAGUAAGCUGUAGAACAGGUCACAACAUCAAACUACUAGCGAAUUUAAUCUACGAUACGGCGUUUUCGCUUCGACCACCGGGAUGCAAGGAACCUCUACUGUAUCAACGAGUCCCCGCAAGUUAUUUGGCACUGGAAGACGUAGUCGGAACGAUUUCCUCCUCUUUGAGACAAUUCGGUGCCGAUCCGGUGCUGGAUGCCGAACGGUAUCGUCAGAUGGUGACACAGGAAAUGCAACUGCGAGGUUUCAAAGGGUUCCGAGACUGGUCCGAGCUGAACCAAGCUACCAUGUUUCUGCACGACAACGGAGUGGUGCUGCACUACGAUGACGCGACGCUGCGAGAUUUGUACUUCCUGGAUCCGCAGUGGCUGUGCGAUAUGCUAGCCCAUGUGGUAACGGUUCGAGAAAUCAACCCGUUCGCUCGAACUGGAGUUAUGAAGAUGGACGAUUUGCAGCACGUUUUCAAAAGUUCAUGUUUAGGAACUAGCGAUAAUCGUGGCUAUAUUGUAAGUUUACUGAACAAGUUUGAAGUGGCGCUUUCGUGGGACGCUCGGACGCUUCUGAUCCCAUCGUUGUUACCAAUUGAAGAAGACAGCACUGCGGAGAGAGUGGUGACCGUGAAGAUUGCAACCCGAUCCAGGGGUUGGGUCAUGCGUACCCGCCGGAAUCCGCUGAGUACGAACUAUCCUUCGUACGAACCGAUCAUUUCGGAACCUCAAACGCCGGUUAUGAGCAGUGCCUGCGACAUCCAGACCCUGCCACGUCCAGAAAAAUCAAUUUCCAGACUGUUGCUCAUGUCCUACUUUCCAUCCGGAUUCUGGUCCCGGCUAAUCACCAGAGUUCUAGCCGACGAUCAGGUUGUGGAAGCAAUCCGCUGUUUGUAUCCACUUCCGAAGGAGGUGGCAUCCGAUCCGGACAUCAGUCAGUUGGCGAACCUGCACUCUCACUGGGCCGUUUGGCAAACCGGACUUGCCUUGUACUGUGGAUCGACGCUGGUCUUCAAGAUGAGAGAAAUCUCGGUGACCUGUCCAAACUCUCCAUAUCGUAAUCCGAUGAAUCGGUUCAAGUUGAAGCAGGAUGGAGUUUGGUGCGAUAUCGAUCUGACCUCCAGCUCCAUCUUGGAGAUCUACUUUCCCUGUCACGGUCAAAAUAUUCGAAAGCUAAACGAAAUCGGAGUGGAGCUCAGUGCAGUCGAAGUCGAAGCCAAUAUCCAAUGUGUGACGCAGCUGCUCGCUUUGAGUGUAGACCAUAUCGAUCUACUGCUGGAGGAUUGGUACCCAACGCUGGGUACGAGGUUUGUACAUACUUCGGAAGGUCGUUUUCUGGUAACCCGCUUGGUACCGUGUCCGAAGUGUCUCCGGGACUGUGAAGAUCGCCACGUUCCAAAUUUCCCAUCACAGGUGAAACCAACCUCGGGAGGAGCAAACGGACAUCGGCCGACUCUGCACAAAUUGUUGGGGGCCGAUCGGAGGGCGGAAUUCGGUGAACCGAGCGGACUAAAUGAACUGCCAGGAAUUUUGAAUGAACUGGUUUCCGCUCGAAAGUCGCAGGAUUCGGUCGGAUGGUCCGACUGUGACUCCGGAGUUGGUCAAGAGUCAGCCGAUAGUUCCCGGGCAACUUCGAUCGAGGGACAUCCUCUGGUCAAUGCUGGAGAUCUACCGGGACCACCGUCCUACUCGUGGAUGGUGGAGGAGUGCAUCCUGGCGGCAUACGAUAAACGGUCCGUUAACUGUCCCAUCCAUGGAGAAAUCGAACUAAGCCGAAUUACACCGGAUGUCAAUUUCAUGGACCUGUCGGAAAGUUAUCUCAUCAAAUCCGAGGAUGUCAGCCGAGGUCCGCUACUGGGACGAGGUGCCUUUGGGUUUGUCUUCAAAGCGACAUGCAAAACUCGGGGUUCACGAGCCGUGAUUCCGGUGGCGAUGAAGAUGCUUCAACCGGUUGCGCCAGGACCCCGAGCUCGACAAAGUGCCAUUAUAGCGUACAAGGCUGCUCUGGGGAAGUGGGAGCGUGAUCCGCUGCAGCAUUCGUGCAAAGCGUACUGCACCGCUCGACAGGAACUGGCAGUGCUUUUAACACUUCGACAUCCGAACAUCGUCCCACUGGUUGGGGUUUGCACGCAACCGUUGGCACUGGUACUGGAUUUGGCACCGAAGGGGGCCCUGGAUGCCGUACUGCGGCACUUUCGUCGUAGUGGAGCCCGCAUUGGUCCGUACUGUUUCCAGUCGCUGGUUCUACAAGCUGCUAAAGCUAUGGAGUAUCUGCACCGACGAAGGGUUAUCUAUCGAGACCUUAAAGCGGAGAACAUUCUGGUGUGGGAGUUCCCGGAACCACAUACUGACGAUCACCCUUCGAAUGCAGUUCACAUCAAGGUAGCCGACUACGGAAUUAGCCGUAUUACACUGCCUUCCGGUUCCAAAGGAUUCGGGGGUACCGAAGGCUUCAUGGCACCGGAAAUUAUGCGUCAUAACGGCGAAGAAGAAUACACGGAAAAGGUGGAUUGUUUCUCGUUCGGUAUGUUCCUGUACGAACUGAUUGCAUUGAGACAACCGUUCGAAGGUCACGAAGCAGUGAAGGAGUGCAUCCUGGAAGGCGGUCGUCCGGUCCUUACGCAACGCGAAACUCAUUUUCCGUCCUACUGUCUGGAUCUGAUGGUUCUCUGCUGGGACCAGCAGCCAAAGGUUCGACCCUCGGCUAGUCAAAUUGUGUCGAUUGCGAGCGCCCCCGAGUUCACACACUUGAUUGAUGUGAUAUCUCUGUCCCAUUCGGGAAACACUAUGGACGGUAUCGCAUGUCAGAUUGCAAAUACAGACGACGAGUCGGUUGUUUCGGCCUACGAGCUGUGGCUACCGUGUUCAAAUUCACGCAUCGACAUCCUGCUGGGUUCGAUUAAGGGUUGGCAGCAGUAUCAUCGCAUACUGUGCCCUCUGAUAACAACACCCGUGAAGACGGUUGGAAGUGGAAGCGGAUACCACUCACAUCCGGCCACUCCUCAUCAGGUGAAACAGAUCAAACUGACCACUGCCUGCAUCGUCGAAAAGGCUGUCUGGGUCGGUGAUGCCGAGGGAAAUAUCUAUGCGUUCAAUGCGUUAGACUGCGCGCAUUUGUUUUCCUAUGCUCUGGAACCGGCACAACCGUGCCCGGUCGUGGCUUUGGUCUAUCUGAAAAAGUUUAAUCGUGUCGCGGCUGGACUAGAAAAUGGUCGCCUGUUUCUGUUGGACUCGACGUUGGUACCGAGUACGUACGUACUUGCCGAAGGUAGCUUCGUACUGUCUGAACUUGGCUCUGGGGAACGCUUGUACAGCGUCUGUCCCCUAUGGAAAAACGAAACCGACUGCGAACUGUGGUGUGGAGAUGCCGACGGGGCAAUAAAUGUGUUUUCGUUGAAAAACUCGCACGUUUCGGGCCAGCAUCAGUUGACGCACUUUCCGGCUCCUCUGCCGACGCGAGGAUUGACGGUCGGACUGCUGUGUGCCUCGGAUGACUACGUUUAUUCCUAUGUGGCACCCGGUUGUAUUCUGUACCAGUGGAACUCGACGGGGAAGCAUAUCGAGAACCGGUUGGACUGUUCGAAGCUGGUACCGUGCUCGGAGAGCCUGAAGAGCAUUGCGAUCGAUGAGCAUCUCAGUCCCGGAAAGUGUCAGGUCAGUGCAAUGGCAGCCCUGAACGGAGAACUGUACGUCGGUACGACCUGGGGUUGCAUCAUCAUUGUGGAAAAGCAAAGCCUUCGACCGAUCACAAUUUUCCGCCCAUUCGAAGAAGACGUCCGUUGCAUCAUUCCGCUGUACGGAGGUCCUAGUCCGAUGUUGGUCACUAUCGGUCGUGGCUACCGGUCACUGAUCGAUCGGUACACAGAUUUUACCACCGGGCACGUAACCACUCCGUCGGCUGCGAACCAGGACAAGCGCUUCAAAGAGUCACUACUGAAAGACCGAUCGAACAACAUGCAUGCUCUGAUCUGGACAGCGGAACACUGGACGCCAUUUUAAAGUUUUAUAUUAGAUGUUUAAACUUUUUCUGUGAUCUCAAAUAAUAGCAUAUAGGCAACACGUUCCCAAUGUUCAGAUUAUUUAGAAAGACAGUUUAUCCUUCACUAAUUCAUUGUAAACAACAGAUGUGAGAUUGAAUAAAGAUAAACAGUUUGCAAAUUAUUUAAAAAAA